GUGGUAAUAGCCAAGGAGACCAUAAUUCAUUGUUCAUGCCACCUAAUUAUUCUUUUACAAGUAGCAACAAUGCAUCCUUGGUAGCGCCAAUUCCAACUAAGGGGAUUUCUUGUGUAACAAAAGGGAAUUGUUAUGGUGGUAAUAGCCAAGGAGACCAUAAUUCAUUGUUCAUACCUCCAAAUUAUUCUUUUACAAGAACCAACAAUGAAUCCUUGGUAGCAACAAUUCCAAAUAAAUGGACCAUUCCUUUUUCUCAGUAUGUGAACCAUCCAAUUUAUAUGGGUUCUUCUAAUAAUCAUAUUGGUCACGCACCAAGUGUAAGUUCUGGUAUAAGUCAUCAAUUUGAUGCUAGCAAUUCACAAUUUUUUAUUGAUGAUUUUUCCAUACCUUUUAGAAGCAAAUUUCAAAAUAUCAAACCUAAUGGUAUCCAUCUUUCAUAUCCAAUCUUUGUUAGAAAUCCUUCUUUACCAGGUUAUCACAUGACUGAACGUGGUUUAUCCAUAUUCCCUGACUCUCUUAAGCCUUUUUUUGUUGAUACCCAAACACAUUCUGUUAGCUUAAACAAUAUUCACCAAAUUUGUGAGAGAGUGAAAAAACACAAUAGAGAUAAAGUCCAAGAAAAAAGUUCAAUGAUGAAUCCACCCAAAAGGCCCAAUAUCAACUAUGGUCCACUUGUCUAUCAUGAAAGAGAGAUGUUGCAAAAGAAUGAAACACUUUUUUCUACCAAAGAUGCAAAGCUUAAAGAUAUAGAUGCAAUUGUCUUCAAUGAUGAAGGAAAGAUUGGUUCUACUUCAAGGAGCAAAAAUAAUGUAAAAGAGCAAGAAGAUGAUGAUUUGGAUCUUUCCCUUCAUUUAUAGAUAUGUAUUUCUUUUGAAUGAAUAUCAUUCAUAUGAGUUUAAAUUUAUCUAGUAACAAUUUUUCUCUUUUU